UGGAGGAGGGCACUGUAUAAAAAGUUACUUUGCCGUUUUUAUCUAAAAAGUAAUGGUUAACUCACCAUGUCUAAGCCAGAGUUGGUGGAAGACUUCUUCGGAGUCUACUUACUCUACAAUAUAAAUCCAAAAUAUAAGGGGCGCACUUACAUCGGCUAUACGAGAGACCCGAACCGGCGAAUCUUGCAGCAUAACAGAGGCACUUGGGCUGGAGGCGCUCACAGGACUAGCAACAGAGGUCCUUGGAAGAUGGUGAUGAUAGUACAUGGUUUUCCAAAUAACAUAUCCGCAUUAAGGUUUGAAUGGGCCUGGCAGAACCCUACCAAAACUAUAAGACUGCAGCAUUUGAAUCUGAAGAAAAUACCUAGAAAGGAGACGGAGUACCAAUUCAAGCUCCGAGUUCUUAGUGAAAUGCUGCGAGUCGGACCGUGGUGUAGACUUCCACUUAUCAUUAGAUGGCUGGAGAAUGAGUACUUCGAAGAGUUUUCUGAUGAUCGGAUACCCCCAUCGCACAUGGUUGUACGCCAUGGUCCAGUUAAAAGCAGGAAUCUCAAGAAACCUAAAGAAUCUACAGAAGAACAUACCACGGACGAAUGGGAGUUUAUCCCCAUAGAAGGUAACUGUCCCUUCUGUGACACAAAAUUGAAAUGGGGCGAUCUUAUAAGGAAAAUGAAAGGCUGUAAGCAAAACGAUGAUGAAAAUAGUGAUCAAGACGAUGAUCAACCGUGCGAUGAUCAGGAAAGUGAUGAUGAUGUAAUUUGUUCGCAAGAUAAAGGUUUCGUUGAUAACAACUCGCGCUGGUUCCUUGACUGUAAUGAUGAUUUAUGA